AUGGCGGCGGCGGGCGGGGGCGGCGCCGCGGUGUCGGUGCUGGCGCCCAGCGGGCGGCGGGUCACGGUGCGGGUGGGGCCCGGUACGGUCCUGCUCCAGGUCCUCGAGGAGGUCUGCAGGAAGCAGGGCGGCAGCCCUGGCGAGUACGGCCUGAAAUUUCAGAGGACUGUUUUGGACCUGUCUUUGCAGUGGAGAUUUGCUAGGCUGCCCAACAAUGCCAAACUGGAGAUGGUGCCAGUCUCUAACAGAGCAGGAGCUGGAACCACGGUUCGGAUAGCGUUACAACUAGAUGAUGGCUCCCGUUUGCAAGACACCUUCCUCUGCCAACAGACCUUGUGGGAACUUCUCAACCACUUUGCAAAGAUCAGGGAGUUGAUGGAACAGCACAGUGAAUUGUCUCCAGUCUGUAUUUACAUGCGAGAUGAGAUAUCAGGAAAAGAUGCCCUGGAGAAGACAACACUAAAAUCACUUGGCCUGAUUGGAGGCAAUGCCAUUGUCAGAGUUGUCAUGAAGAAAUGCAGUUCAUCUGGUGGGGAGGAAGUUGUGGGUGCCACGGUGCCUUGUAAUGAGCCAACAGUGAGGCAAGGCUCUAUGGAAGAAGCAGUGGAUGUGCCUCUACCUCAAGCAAGCACCUUUCCAAAGGACUUGGAGCACAGGGACGCGGCUAUAUCUUUAAACAGCUGCACGCACAAGCAAGACUCAAUUAAAGAUUCUCAUGCUGGCUUGGAGGAGCUAUGGCAUUCCCCAGAGCCUGAGCCUACCCCAUUUGUCCCUUUUUUUGGAGAUGGAGAGCACCUGGGGGACUCUCCUGUAGCUGUACCAUCUUCAAAGCUGCCAACAACUGUUUCCAGCCCUGGAGGCCCUUCUAAGCCAAAGAAGUCUAAGAACAGCCAAGAACUGCAAAAGGAGCAAGAACAGCUUGUAGAACGAGAGCCUCUUAUAUGUCACCUAGACCUACUGGAACAACUUCCUGAUGGCCCAGAAGAGCUUCCUGAUGAAUUUUUUGAAGUCACGGUGGAUGAUGUACGGAAACGUUUGGCACAGCUGCAGAAUGAGAGGAAACACCUGGAAGAGGCUCCACUGAUGACAAAGUCUUUGAAGGAGUCCCAGCUGAAGGAGAAGUUGGAGCGUUACCCAAAGGUGGUGUUGAGAGUUCGUUUUCCAGACCGCCAUGUUCUACAGGGGUUCUUCCAUCCCACUGAAACUGUUGGCAUUUUGAAAGACUUUGUAAGAAGCCACCUUGCCGAUGCAGAGUUGCCAUUUUACUUGUUUGUUGCACCUCCCAGAAUCAUCUUGAACGAUGAAAGUCUGACGCUGUUUGAGGCUAAACUUUUUCCAACUGCUGUCAUUCAUUUUGGAUCGGAGGAAUCCAGGGCUUGUUACCUGAAAUCGAACCUGCUGAGCUCUGUGGUUUCUCCUUCUGCAGCUGAUUUAUUAGUAGCCAGAUCAUUAGCUUCUUCUCCUUCAUCAACUUUAGCAUCAGUGGCUCCAUCCCUAUCUGAACCAGAAGUGGGAAGUGACAAAAAGACCGUUGAGCAGCCAGAAGCAGUCAGCACUGAGAGAGCUCCGCAAGUGUUUAGGAAGGCCCCUGGGAAAAUACCCAAAUGGCUGAAGCUUCCAGCAGUGACCAGAACCCUCAGCCACUAGAUCAUGUUACUGAGAAAUUAGUGGAAAGAGAUGAAGCAUCCUGGGCUGCUGGACCACUGUGCAGCUGUCAGCUGUGCCCUUUUCUCCACGAAUUUACUAAGAAUCUGUAAAAUGUGUUGUGGCCCUGGAGAGAUCUAAUCUGUAUGAACAUUUGUUAUAAAAAGAGAAUGGCUAUUUGA